AAUAAAAAUCAAAGUAUUUUAGAAAAGAUUUCGUUUAGUAUAUUUAUCGAACAAGUUUUUAUUAAGACAGCAUUUAUAGUUGGUAAGCAUUAUCUUCGAUAAUUAUCACGCAGUAUUCGAUUUCAUUUUUGCAAUAUAGUUUGAAAAACGUUGUGAUUGUCACUACCAUGUGUAUUAGGUUUAUCAUUUAUCAAAGAGAUGAUGGUCAUUAGUCAAUAACAAUAUAGCAGAGUGUUUUGGUACAGUAUAAACAUAAAUCAUACAAGAUCAUUGAUAAAUCGCAGUUUUUAAUAAAAAUCAAAGUGGAAUCGGCAAAAAUUACCUUUAUUAAUGGUUGCAUUGCGAUAUAAUCUCACAAUUAAUCAGACAAAUAAAUCACGAUAAGAUCGUCGACUUUUAGCUGAUCUUCACCCUAUCAGUGAACAAAAAAAAGUUUUUAAUUACAUGAAACAACUCAUUACAUAGAGUGUGGGCAUAUCUCUUCGCUUCACACCCACAUCCAUCUCGACCAACAACUUAACUCUGAUAGUUCUUAUUUGUAUAGUUUUAUUUAAAAUAAAGCAAGGAAUAAUGAAUAAUGGGAAUUGAUAAAAUAAGUCUCAAAUAACAUUUUAUCAAAUAAAUAAAUACUGUUCAACUUCGAAGGGUUUAUGUAAAACUGUUGAGCAUCAACAACGUCUACUCAUCAUCAUUAAGUUCAUCUUCGUCUUUAGCCGACAUUUUCUCUUUCGACAUAGAUGCCUUUGUCUCUUGAAUAACCGACAGACUCAUUACUGGCUUGUGUCGAUUCUCAGUCGAAUAAAUACCAUGAAAUCCACCGACAAUAUAACAUUGCGUCACUUUACCAGUUUUCUUGUCUUCGAGUGUGACUGGUACACGAAUAUUAGGCAACUUGAUAUCGACACGAUUGCAAACAUCAUUAGCCUUCAAGCCAAAUAGCUGCACUACCCAGCCAGUGAUCGAUUUUCCGGAUCCUCUACUACCAUAUCUGAAGUGCGUGUCUCGUGUAAUAUCACACACUUGAAUCCAGAACUCUUUAUUCACAUUGCCUUGAUAAGUUUUAAUAAACUCGUCAAAGAUCGGCAAAACGCCAUCUAUAUAAGUGCGAAAUGUGCUAUUGCUCAAUGCUUGUAAUUUUUGUGUUUUGAUAUAAAGUGACUGCCAGUCAUUUAGAGUUCCUAUACAAAAGAACAUCUGAUAGAUUAUUCAGCAGUUCAGUCAAACUCAUAGUGGGACAUUAUUAUAUUAAAACAAAGUAAUUACAAUAUUCUUCACUAAUCGUCUACUAGAUCGACUUUGAAUGCUUCGGAAAUAUUGAAUUUGUUACAUACAAAAAAUGACUUGGCACACAGAAACAAGUUUCACUACGAUCCUAAUGAACGUAAACUCGCCGUUUAAAAAGAUGCGUCAUAAGAAAGUUGUUAAAUGCAUCGAACUUCAACUAAUGUCUGCUACACGAAUGUAUAUUUUAAAAUAUAAGUUGAAAAAUUCGAAUAGAUCUUACGCUUAUAUCACAAUUUUGAUUGAGUCGUAUCUAUGCUUAACACUGGAAACCAACCGAAUCCGAGUAAUUUCUGUAAUUUCUUUAAAGCAGUAUCCCGGAAUUGAAGUCGUCAAACUUUCUCGGGCAGAUUCCACCGACAACUGUUGAAAAGCCACUAGAUAUAUUUGGAGACUUCUUCUUGUGCCAGAUACUUCAUCCCAAAAAAUACCGUCUCUGAUCGUUUCUGGUACAGUUACAGAUUCCAAAUUCGGCAUUCUAUGGUUUGGAAUUGGCCUGAGAAAAAUGUUGGCCUCGUUCAGAAAUUACGCCUUUCUGACUCAAUUCUGACCAGUUACACUAAUCUUUCCAUAGGAAGCAGCCGCAAAUAACAUGAAGCUGACAGGAUUCGGUAAUGAAAUGGAAGACAAAUUCAGGAAAUACGACACAACCUCAUUAUUCCGAAGCGAUUUUUUACAUUGGGUUUCACUGUGGAUACAGUAGCAUCCUGGAUGUGGGUGUCGACGUGGGUGUGAGUGAAGAGAGGAUUGACACCCACACCAACACCCGAGUAUAAAUAAGUGAUAGUACUUACCCAUAAAAUGCACUUGUCGAAUUCCACAGAUGCAUCUCAUUCGACGAUAGUUAAAGUAAGGUUUGAAUGCAUGCAUGAUACAUGCACUUGAGAGAAUUGAUUCGACUUUGCCUGUAGUCGUAAAAUCUGCGGUCAACACACGACAUACAUCAUCCUUGACAUUCUGCAUGAUUUUCACUUUCAUUGCAUCAAAGAAGUUAUCCCAUUCGUCUUCUCUCUGGAAAUCUUCAACAGUCAAAUUUAUUUUACCAUCAUGAUGUUCGACAAAAAGCGAGCGUAGUUGUUCAGCAUUCGCAUUAACGUAGUCAGCAAAUUGCAUGCAUACCAUCAUCCACAUGUCAUCAGGCGAGAGGACAAUAUCAUGAUGUUGAUUGUAGGCCGAAACAAAUGCUUGCAGAACGGCAUUUGUUGAAGUUUCAGUGUGUGGUCCAUUGGUGAUUGUGUAUAAUGACGAAUAGUUUUCAGAUGAUUUGCCAAUAAUAUCGUGAUUUUCUUCAACUUUAAAGAGCCAGUGAUUUGCUACAGACGAUUGUGGUUGAGCCAACGGAAAAUCGAUCUUAGCUGGCUCAAGUUUAGCAUCGAUGAUAACGGUGUGAAGAGACAUUUGUCCAGCAUGCGAUAAGCCCAUGUGGAUUUUUGUCGAUGUUUAUUAGAAAUGAUGAUAAUAUUUUACCUGUUUUAUGAAAUAAUGUAUAAACACGGUCGAAGCCUUGUUUGCUUUCUCUUUUACCUUUCUUGUCACAUUUUAUAUAUGUAUUGACGAGAAAAAUGUUUUAAAACGUUAUUUUAUUGCUCUAGUUGAUGAUAAAAAGAGAAAUGACUCAAUAUCCUUACAAAUGCAUACUUUGACAUUAUAUGUUAUACGCUUCAUAAAUUUAUAGUUAUAUCUCUUAAUAAAACUAUUGCUCGUAAACUAUCAUACGAUGAAGUGUGUUUAUAAAUUUACACUGUUGCAAAGACAUUACCCAAUAACGACCAUUUUCAACAAUGUUUAAUUCACUUUUUGAUCAUCAUUACAAAAAUAGUUGCUUUUUUUUUGUAUUAAGAAUGGAUUAGUUAGAUUGAAGUUGGCGACAACUGGCUACUUGUUUUCCAUUGAAAAACAAGAAGCAAGUGCACAUGAUUCUUGAAACUAAAUGAAUCAAGAAUGACAUGACUUCAUCAAAAAUUGAAUGAAGAGUCGCUUAAAAUGAGAAAAUAUUGCAACUUACAUACAGUCAAAGUGACAUAUCGACUUUUUUCUUCUACAUAGAUAUAAUAUAUAGAAAGAUCUGGCAGUUUUAGCGCGUGGAGAAGUACGUUCUUUCAGUCGUUUGAUAAAAAUAAAAGUUUUGAGAAUGAGAACUCUUCCAAACAAGUUGAAACGUACAUUGCUUACAAGAUAUUUUUUGCUAUUUUAUCAACAAUGUUUGAAGUCUACCGAAAUUAAUCCAUUUUAGUCUAGAUAGCAUUUUGCAUCAUGACAAUUGGUUCUUUGAAAUAUCAAUAAUAUCAUCAUCAAUUCAAUCUCUAUCCAUUGAAAAUAUUCGUUGUGGCUUAAAAACACUAUUUCAUUUGUUUUGAACAUAUACUUAACAUUCGACAACUCUAUACAACAAUCAAGGAAUCUAAUCAAAAUGAAUAGCUGCAAAUGACCCUUCCAUAAAUGAUCUUCUUAAAACUCUCAUUUUUUAUUUCCAAAAGGUUGAUGAUAAAUGUUUUUCAAAGAAUGACGAACUGAUGUUAUUUAAUAAAUCGGCACAAACUAUUACAUCAAUGAAAAUGAAUGAAAAAAAUAUCUUUGUUAAUCAUUUACUUGAAAUAAAAGUAUUUCGACUAAAUUGGCUUAAAGAGCAUAGAUGGUUUGUUCGAUGUGAUUAGCAGUUAAACAUUGUUGACUAUGACGGCAUGCUUUACACAUUAUCAUAUGCUUUCGAAAAAUUUAACUACAUAAUUAGAUGCUAUUCUAAAUCGACAUGUCCGCAUGACAUAGACUACUGGUCAUAUGAUCAUGUGACUAACUUUUGAUAUCUGUAAUUCUAUGUUAAACAUUGAAAAAUCUCAAUUCAAUUCACUGCUCUUGUUCCUAACAUUUGUCAUUUCGAAAUCGAACUUCCAUUAUAGAAUACAUUUUGGUUUAUGAUUCCAUCAUUAGAUAAAUUAAUUUACACCUCAUGUAACAGUACGAAGUGACUCUGCUCGCUCUAAAUUGCAAACAUUAAUUGAUCGAACAUGUCUUUUCUAUUCUUUGAGAUUCUACAUUUCGAACUAUUUCUUAGACGCACGUCCAUCAAUUCGUCAACUUGAUUUUCUAUCGAUAGCAAUAUUUUUUCGAUAUUUUAACAGUGAAGAAUGUGUUGCGUUGGCUAUGUCAUCACUUGAAUGCCAGUGUGCAGUUCUUUUAAUUGAUAUUAAAAAUCGAACAAAUGUUCUUGAUCAUCUUAAUAGACUGUCUAAUCUUCGAUCAUUGACAAUGCGUUGUGAAGACGAUCGAUCAAGAAAGAAGGUAUUAUCAUCAACACCCAAUGAAUUUGUCCAUGGUAAUGUCAAACUUGAAAUCUGA